UCAAUGAUACACUUAAUAUAACCAGGUUAUUUAUAUUUUUAUUGUUAGAAAAUUAAAUUUUGAAUUAAAGUUAUCAUUCGUACUAUGACUGAAGUUACUCUCAAUGGAGUCGCUAUUAAAUUUCCAUUUAAGCCAUAUCAAGUUCAAGUGGAUUAUAUGACAAAAGUUAUUGAAUGUUUACAGAAUGGCCAAAAUGGUGUUCUCGAGUCACCAACAGGUACUGGUAAAACAUUAAGUUUACUGUGUUCUUCAUUGGCUUGGCUGAUGAUAAAGAAAGCUCAAAUGCAAAUUCAAGCACAAUCUACAGGUGCAUUGGAUCAACUUAGUACGAAUAAUGAAUUUUUAAGAUCAUUUUCCAAGGUUUUGAAUAAGGGAAGUGGUAAGUCUUUGGAUCAAUUGGAAAAUUCAUUUGGGCAUUCAAUGCCAACAAUAAUUUAUGCAUCGAGAACCCAUUCUCAGCUAAGUCAAGCUAUACAAGAAUUGAAAAGAACGUCAUAUAAUCAUGUUAAUGCAGCAAUUCUUGGAUCUAGGGAUCAACUUUGUAUAAAUCCAGAAGUUGCGAUAGAAAAAAAUAGUUCCAAUAAGAUUUUCAUGUGCCAAGCCAAAGUAAAAGCAGGAAGUUGCUUAUUUUAUAAUAAUUAUAAAAAGUUCAAUAUAAAUACCAAUCAAAAUAUUUUAGACAUUGAAGAUUUGGUUAAAACUAGUAAAAAAAAUAAAUGUUGUCCAUACUUUUUAUCAAAAGAUUUAAAAGAAAGUGCAGACAUUAUAUUUAUGCCUUACAAUUAUUUAUUAGAUCCUAAAAUAAGAAAGAACCAGGGCAUUGAAUUGAAAAAUAAAAUUAUUUUAUUGGACGAGGCACAUAAUAUUGAAAAAAUUUGUGAGGAAGCAGCUUCAUUACAAUUUAGUAGUACAGACAUAGCAGUUUGUAUAAAUGAAAUAACAGAUGUUAUGAAAGAAAUGGCUAAUGAAAAAAAAGAUUCAGAUUAUUCGUCAAUCGAGUCAGAACAUGAUUCACAGAAAGAUUUUUCAGCCGAAGAUCUAUGUAUUUUAAAAGCCAUGUUUUUAGAAUUAGAAAAAUCUAUUGACAAUAUAGAAAUCAAAAAUCAAGAAGAGGGUGAAAUUUUUCCUGGCGAUUAUAUUUUUAAUUUACUUGGAACAGUCGACAUAACUCAUAGUAAAUACCAAUAUGUAAUUGAGAAAUUGGAUAAAAUUAUUCUUUAUUUAACAACAGUGAGUGCUACAUCAUUUACCAGAAAAGGAAAUGCCCUUAAAAAAUUUUGCGAUUUACUGCAUAUCGUAUUUACUGGAUUUUCCCGUAAUAAAUGUCAAGAUAAAUUCAAAGAGAAAAUAAGAAAAUGUUAUAAAGUAUAUGUCCAAACGGAGCAAGUUAAGAAACCAUUUAAAAAUGAUGUUUGGACAACAAAAAAAAUAACAAAAUCAGAUGGAAAAUUAAUUUGUUACUGGUGCUUUAGUUCAGAAUUCAGAAUGCAACAAUUAUUGGACGAAGGAGUAAGAUCUAUUAUUUUAACAAGCGGUACUCUUUCACCUUUAAAACCCUUUAUUUCUGAAAUCGGAAUAGAUAUUUCUGUGCAACUCGAAAGUUCUCAUAUAAUAACCGAAAAACAAAUAUAUGUUGGCAUUGUUAGUACCGGCUACAAUGGUUAUUGUCUUAAUUCAUCGUAUAAUACAAGAAAUGAUCCAAAGUAUAUCGCUUCACUUGGAGAAACCAUAAAAAUUCUUAGCUGCAUUUUACCGCAUGGUUUACUAGUUUUUUUCCCAUCUUAUCCAAUAUUAAAGAAUUGUCAGGAACAAUGGCAAAGUACAGGAAUAUGGACACAAAUUGAAUCUUAUAAGCCCAUUUUUGUGGAAGCUCAGUCCAAUGAAAUUUUCAAUAACAUUAUUAAAGAAUAUUACAAACAAAUUGAAGAUCCAAUGCAGAAAGGAGCUAUUUUAAUGGGUGUUUGUAGAGGAAAAGUUAGCGAAGGUCUUGACUUUGCCAAUGCAAAUGGAAGAACCGUUUUGAUUACAGGAUUGCCUUUCCCGCCAUUAAAAGAUCCUAGAGUUAUAUUGAAACAAAGAUAUUUAGAAGAAAAUAGAUCACAAGGGCAAGAAAGACUAACGGGGCAACAAUGGUAUCAGCUUGAGGCUUCGAGAGCUGUUAAUCAGGCUGUAGGACGUAUAAUACGUCAUAAAAACGAUUACGGUGCUAUACUUUUAUGCGAUUGUCGCUUUGAUAAUCAGUCGUUUAAGCAACAAUUAUCUAAAUGGAUUAGACCACAUCUUAAAAAAUUUCCAAACUUCGAAACGGUUAUAAAAGGAUUACGAGAGUUUUUCAAGUAUACAAAAGAAAAUUUACCAGAUUACAAUUUACCUGCGGUUCCAGCCCAGUUCGAUUGCGGUAAUAGUGGUUCAGUGAAAUUAAACGUUCAGGCCAGCAAAUCCCAAUUUGAAAAUCAAAAUGAUAAUUUUGAUAUAGAUAUUUAUAAAAUAGAGUCCAAUGAUAGUAGUAGCGAAAGAAAAAUAAAUAAAAGUAAAUCAAAAGCUAAUGAUUUCGGAUCACUAUUUGAAAUGAAGUCAAAAGCUGUUGUAAAUCUUAGAACUUGCAAACUUCAAAAUUUAACACAGUUUUCUCAAGAACCUUCAACUUCUGGGGAACCUAGUAUAAAAAGAAAAAAAUUAAAAUUGAAACCUAUACAGUUUAGCAUGGAUGUGACAAUAGCACCAACGAGUACAACGAGUACUACAUCAGUUGUAACGCAAUCAAAGUCCGUUGUAAUUAAAAAGGAUAUAGCAGCACAACAAGCCGAUGGAAAUAAGUACAUACAAAAGGUAAAAAUGGCUCUAUCACAAGAGAAUUACAAUAUUUUUAAAAAUAUGCUCGUCAAGUAUCGAAAGGAUGAAAUUAAUUUCGAUGAGCUAUCGAAUAUUUUAAGAAAACUUUUUGUCAUUGAUCACAAAAAAAGAGAUCUAUUAAUUGAUUUCAGGCCCUAUUUAAAAAAACAUCAUUUGAAGACUUUCGAUAAUUACGUGGAAUCGCUGGAAAAUUUCAGUACUUGACAAACUGAAAUAAUUUACCAUUAAUAACAAGAAUUUGAGAUUCCAUCGCAUACUUAGUCUGACAGACUACUAGAUGCUCUGUAUCAUAAAAUGAGUUAAGGAGACUACUGUUAAUAUGAGAAAUAUUCUAAUAUUUAUUACAAUACUUAUUAUAAUAAUAGUAUAUA